GGCGCGGUUUGCAAGUCGCCAAGGCCACUCUCCCGUACGUCUGAGCGUACCUUCUUAUUGAAUAACCAAAUGAAUCCUAAUGGUCCCAUAGGAUAUGGAUGGGAAUUCGGUCAAAAUGCUACUACUACUUCACGGUGGGAACAACCACAAAUUGGAUUCUGCUUCGAUUCACCUAAUCUUCAAAUCCCUGAAGUUUGUCCACCUCCCAUUCAAAACACCGGGGUUAUUGGCUUCGCUUACGAUCAAGGGGUAGCAAAUCCAGCUUCAGCGUCCUCAGUAUCCCCCAGUCGUCCACAAUCCAACUCAUCUACAGGCAGCACCUUUAAUGUUACACCGUCAAGACCAAAUGUUCCCCCAACCAUCAAACCUAUGCGACCAAAAUCAAACGUUGAUUAUCCGAAUGAGUCAUUUGCACCAUCCGCUCCUCCUGAAUCCGUUCCCCUUUCUCAUAGUGAAUCAGGUCAUAGUGAAUCAGUGAAAGUUAUUACAAUCACUAGGAAGGAUUCAAAAAAAUCUGGUAUGUUAUGUUUCUCCGAUCAAUACUAAUUUCCCUCGAAUAAGAAAGUGUAGCUUAAUACUGCGUAUAUAAACUUAUGCUCGGUAAAUAAGACUAUUCAUAGGGCCUAUACAUAUCGGAAGUUUUGUGAAUGCUGUAGUACUUCGAAGUGAAAUGAUUUAAUCAACUAAAGAAAUACAUUUUUACAACCUAAAACUAACAUGCAUAUAGGAAGAGGACAGUUUCAAUCGGAUAAAAUGCUUAUUAUACGUCUUAUGUAAGGUUGUUACGUGAUGCAAUAUGUUAUGCUUGUCACAAUAGAUCGGGAAAAAUUUUGUUUAUUGAGUUUAAAUAUAUCUGGCAUUGUGUGAUUGAUUAGGAAACAGUGUCGAUUUUCAUGUGAUAAAAUCCGAAGAAGCAAAUACUUUUAACACUGUCAUGACAACUCAUUCGUUAAAUAGUUAAGUACAUUAAACCAUCAUACUAGUACUUACUUACUUACUUAUGCCUGUUACCCCUCGUGGAGGAGCAGAUGCCGCAUACCAACAUUCUCCAUCCAACCCUGUCCUGGACAAUCUCUUGGAGUUCUUUCCAGUUAACAUUCAUCCUUUUCAUAUCUGCUUCUAUUUCCCGACGUAAUGUGUUCUUUGGUCUUCCUCAUUUCCUCUUUCCUUCCGGAUUCCAAGUUAGGGCUUGCCUCGUGAUGCAGUUUGGUGAUUUCCCCGAUUUAUGUCCGAUCCACUUCCAACGUCUUUCGUUGUUUUCUCUUUAGCUGGAAGCUGGUUUGUCCUCUCCCAGAGAAGUCUGUUUCUGAUGGUAUCCGGUCAGUGAAUGUUGAGUAUAUUGCGUAGACAACUAUUUAUAAAUACUUGUACCUUCUUGACGAUGGUUGUAGUAGUUCUCCACAUUUCAGAUCCAUACAGUAGGACUGUUUUAACGUUCGUAUUGAGGAUUGUAACUUUGAUAUUGGUUGAGAGUUGUUUUGAGUUCCAUAUGUUCUUCAAAUGUAGGAAUGCGGUCCUUGGUUUGCCAAUCCUCGUCUUUACAUUUGCAUCAGAUCUUAUUUCUUCAUCAAUGAUUCUUCCCAGGUAGGUGAAUGAUUCCACCUCUUCCAGAGUUUCGCCAUCAAGUGUGAUUGAGUCACUGUUCUCUUUGUUGUGUUUGAGAAUCUUGCUUUUUCCUUUGUGUAUGUUGAGGCCUAUUGAUGCAGAAGCUGCUGCUACAUUUGCUGUCUUCGUCUGUAUUUGCUCAUGUGUAUGUGAUAGGAGGGCUAAGUCAUCUGUGAAGUCUAAAUCGUUUAAUUGGUUCUGAGAUGUCCAUUGUAUUCCGUGCUUCGUCAUACGAGUAGUCCCGAUUUAUUCCUAAGGGAUUUGAUUAAGAUGAGCUGAAAGUAGGGAAAUGCUUUCAUACGGCUGCAUUUUGUUUCGUGGAAGUCUUACUUGCUGCAUCAAUGUGCCCUGGAUGUUUAUACAAAAUUGACUUGAAAAAAGUGGACACCUAUGUUUUAAACUGGACUAAUGGACAUAAAAUAUUCACCUAAGGCAGUUAGAUAAUAAUGAUGCAUAUUCGUACACAGCUAUUCCAAUCAUCGUUCAUCAUAUGAUCGCAUCUUUUAGUGUUGUUUCACAGCCUUGUGAAUUGGACCUUUAGGUCAAACGGCCCCCUUUAAAAGCUUUAAUAGUGUCACAGCUGUCACAAAUAAUGAUAAUUACCGGUGAUGAAAAUAUAAAUUAUAAACUAUUCACCUUGCACACUAAUGUUCACAAAUUAUAAGAACAUGUUUAUAUUACUAGAAAUAGAUUUUGUUUCACGUUAAUUUCUGACACUUUCACCUCCAUAUAGUUCAUGCUUUUUACCUCAAUUAGGAAGAAUAUUCAUGCUUUUUUACUUCAACUCGUACAGAAGCUCGUCUUGAGUAUUUAAAUGGUUCAUUUCGGAGUGGUGACAUGCAAUGUAAUGAUUCGUUGUUAUCAUGUGCCUUUUCUUUGAUCGCCACUUUUUUGUUCUCUGCGUAUAUAGAUUGUCUUAAUCUUGACUGAUACAUAUUUAUGUUGUUUAUAUCUAUUUCAACUUCACUUUCAUACUUUUAUAUUUUUACUCAUAAACCAUAUUCAUAGAUGAUGAAGUAUUUGGUAUUACCGUACUGUUCGUAUGGCCAAAGUGAACAUGUAUUGUCUAUAAAGUUGCAAUGUUACUGAUUCGUUAUCAAAAUAAUUAUCAGUAUAUUUGAUUUGAAAAAAAUUCCAUACUAAAUUUCUAAAUUUACUGUAAUUGAUCAGUCUCUUACGGGCAUAUGUGCAUUCUAUGCUGAUUGCCUCGAUAUUGCCUUAAGUCACAAGCAUUAUAGGUAGAGAUGGAUGGUAGUUAGCAGUAAAAUGCAGGACCCGCGUUUCGUCCCGUUUUGGACUUAUAAGGAGGCUGCAUCUCAAGGCAAGGGCUAACUUGGAAUCCUGAAUGGAAACGGAAAAAAGGAAGGCCGAAGAACACACUGCUCUGAGAAUUGGAAGCAGACAUGAAAAGGAUGAAUAGCAAUUAGAAAGAACUGGAAAGGAUUGCCCAGGACAAGGUUUGAUGUAGAAUGCUUGUGGGCGCGCCAUGCUGUGCCACGAAAGAUAACAGGCGUGAAUAAGGAGGUAGCCGCCAUUGGCCAUAUAAUCAAUGGAAAGAUUCAAACAAACAAUACUAAGUGAAUUUAAACUUCACCUCAUUGCACAAGCUAGUGGCUAUCUGAACUCGAUGACAAAUCUGUUUGGGAGUCUGUAAACAGUAGUGAUAGUUUGUUUCUAUUCUUCAUGUUGUAAUAAUUUGCCGUAGGCAUUCUGAUCAUAUACAUAGAUAGCUUAUUCUUUGUCUAUUUCAUAAAACAAUUUUAGAAAAAUGUAAAGCAUAAGAAUUCUCGAUUGUUAUCUUCAUCGCUUAUUUUUCCUCACUACUCUUCUUAUUUCUAGGCACAACAUCUACAACUACAACUACUAAUACUAAUCAACAUAAUCAACGACGUGACAGUUAUCAAGAUUCACUAAAAGAUAUGGCUGCUCUUAUGACUGAUGUAGAAUUAACAGAUGAUAUGAUCAAUGGUAUGCGUAAACGUUUCGAUUUAAAGAACUGAUGACACUAAACUAUUCUUCAAUCAAUAGUUCGGUUCAUAUUCCUAUCAAAUGACUUGAAAAAACAAAAUUCUCCUAUUGAAAGUGUAGAUUACUUUCUGUUUAUAAAACAAUCAUCAUUUAUUUUGCUUCAUUUUUUGUUUUACAAUGCUUUCACAUCAAUGAAUGUCCAUGAUAAUCCAUGAUAAAGUUGCUUUUCCCCCCUCCCCAUCGAUUAACUUUGUUUAUUUAUUUAUUUUGUUAUUGUUUACUUUGAUUAUUGAUUGUUUAUCCUUAAUUUGCCAAUAGAUAAAUCAAGUAUUUUUUUUGCCUGUAAAACAAAUAGACUGGCGUUUCAACUUGAUUUCCAACUUUCUCCUGUCUUGUCUGUUUCUGUGUUUUCGAUAUUUUUGAGAAGGAAGGGGAGGCCUAUAUAUACUGUUGAUGUGUUUCAGACUCAAGUUUGUUUGUUUCAGAAAGUGUAUAAAUAUGAUUGUUAUUAUU